GCGGCCUCUCCGCGCCGGGCGGGGCUGCCGGGCCGAGCCGGGGCUUCCGCCGGGGCCGGGCCCGUGUCCGGCGCGCCGGGGGCGGCACGGGGCCGGGCCGGGGCCGGUGCCGGGGCGAUGCCCGGGGCGGUGGCGCGGGGCCGCGGGCGCUGAGCGGGCGGCAGCAUGGCCGAGGCGCUGCGCCAGGAGCCGGUGGGCGGGCCCGAGUCGGAGGCCGAGCUGUCGCAGCGGCUCGCCCGCACCAAGGCCCGCUCGUACGGCAGCACGGCGAGCGUGGCCGCGCCGCUGGCCGAGCGCUACGUGGAGCACCGGCUGAGCGCCGGGGACACGCUGCAGGGCAUCGCCCUCAAGUACGGCGUCACGAUGGAACAAAUAAAGAGGGCAAAUAAACUUUUCACUAAUGACUGUAUAUUUCUGAGGAAAACCCUGAAUAUUCCGGUUAUAUCAGAGAAACCAUUACUGUUUAAUGGACUCAAUUCACUGGAGUCUCCUGAGAAUGAAACUGUUGACAGCUCCCCUUCUUGUGAUGAAGGACUAGUGGCAGCUCAGGAAGAAAGUAGCUCUUCUCCCAGUCCUCCAGAACCUGACAAUCAGCCCACUGCACCAGAAGAAUUAUCUGCCAAAGAUUUCCUACAGAGAUUGGACUUGCAGAUUAAGUUAUCCAAACAAGCAGCCAGAAAACUAAAAGAUGACAAUGUCAGAGAUGAGGAGAAUGAGGAAGGUCCCUAUGCAACUUCUUCGUAUCACCAGUAGAAGACAGAUGUGAUGGCCUGAAAACUUUCCAUGAAAUCAGUUCUUACAGAACUAAGCAGUCAAUAAUUCAAAACCCAAGUCUUUUGGACUCAUCCUCUUGAUGUACUUAAAAGAAGUCAUGAAUGGGUAAUUGCACUGAAAUUAUGACCUCUUCUGCCUUCCAUAGGUUAAUGUCCUUAUGUUAUUUCAAUAAAAGGUUUAAGCCUUCCAAAACUAGCAAUGGCCUUUUUACCCCUUCUGUGCAAACUGUAGCAUGGUAGCAACUAUAUAUCCCUGAGGUCACCUUUAUGCAGGAUGUUGAUCUUUAGUAAAGAUUUUGUAAAUACUUGUUAAAGUGAAAUUUGUUUUAAGUAUUUAAAAAUAUUAAAUAAGUUUGCUUGUAAAUGACAAAUGAUGGAAGUAAUAGGAAUUUACUUAUUCUGCAAACAUAGGCAAGUUUACUGUGAAAGUUUUGUCUACUUCAGGGCUGCAGAACUUGCCUGUAAACCUUGUAUGUGUCUGUGUGUGGUUAUGAUGUAUUCCUAGAAAGGGCAAUUCAGCUUGUGUUGAUUAAUUAAAGCCUUUUUGGUUAAAGGACUGUUUGCAUAUUGGAUUUCUACUCAUAAAAGGGAUGAGUUACACAAGAGGUUUUUUUGUGAGAUAUGACAUUGGAAUAUCAGAUGUGUGUUCUUGUGUGCAGUUAAAUUUUGUGUGGUUUUAAUUUAAUAAAAUACCAAAAAUA